AUUUACCAAAUGGUUGUUUAGCUAGAGCAGUAAACUUCAGUUAACUUUUUUUCUUUGAUAGAACAUUUGAUACAGUAAAUUUCUGUUUUAUCCAGAUCUUUUAUUUGGAAACCUCAUUAGUAAAUAUGUUGCAAAAAUGCAAAAUAUAUGCAGAAAUGUAAAGCUAGAACUCUGUCCCAUGCUUACUGCAAAUUCUGUCAGUAAUCCAGUGUCGGUCCUAAGGAGGCCCACGGAGGGGCUGCAGCAGCAGCAGCCAUGGGCCCUCCAAGGGGGAUUAGACAAGGAUAGUUAGAGAUAAGAUUAGAAGAUUAGAUCUAUUGCUUAGGGUCCAAGUUACUUGAGUCCAAGGAACCCUCUCUAUAUAAGGAGAGGGAUUGUAUCAAUUGAAGGUAAGCAAGAGAUUAGAAGGAAAUCCCUUCUCUCUUGCCGGCCGUGGCAAAGCCCUACGACCGGCCUCCCUCUACUACGCAUGAACAGUACCACACCGCCUCCACUAGCAGCACCCAACCAUCGACCCCCUCCAAUCCCUCACCAAUUCUCCAAUCCCAUCUCUAGCCAUAACAAAUGAGGAGCUGACCCCGCCUGCGGGCUACAUCGUCACCUUCGUGCCUUCCACGAGUGGGGUUCGGGGUGCCGGUGAGCCGCUUCAUGCGGGCGCUCCCGCACUACUACGGGGAGCCAAGUUUUUUUUCCACUGCCCUUCCGCUGCGUCUUUUCCUGCGCUCUUUGCCCGCAACACGCAGCCGCCACCACAUCUCCGUCGUGCGUUCGCCACAUCUAUGCCGUCGCUCACCAACACACUUCAACUAGCGCGCAUACAACCGACCCGCCAGCGCCGACGCACGAUCCCUCGCGCGUAGCCCGGCAACCCACUCUGUGCCUCCCGCGGGUUGCCUAGACCCGACCGACCGAACACGAUGUCGGGCGGUAGUGGCUUGUUCGGGCGCGCAGUCCCGUGAUAUGCGCCGGAAGACCUGUCGCUGCCCAGGCCGCGACGCAACCUCGUCGACGGCAUCACCGGCUACCUCUACUACUGGAACCCUGACACCAAUGCCACACAGUACGAGCGGCCUGCGACCGUGCCUCUGCCCUCAUGGGUCCUUGGGUUCCCGACCAGGUGUAAUUCGACGAUCUGUUUGCGUGGCUCAACGCCAACAUCAUGGCGCUCUCCAGUAGCAUGCCAGCAACAGCGGCCUAGCCGUCGCCGGCCGCUCCGGCACCUACAUCUUCGUGGGCGGCGAUACCUACUAGUUGCUUUGCGCCCUUGGGGCCGUCAUCAUCAGCUGCAUGGCUGACAAUGCCAGGGGCAACCAUAGCAGGACGGUGUACGAGCCCCUGGCGCCGACCCUCGCUGCUUCUACCAUGCCGGUUGUUAAGGCCCAUAAAGCCUAUAUAUUCUUGUCUGCCUAUAUAUAUAUGCUACAGUACCCGAGGGGGUAAUCAUCUCGCUUAAUCAAGGUUAGUGACAUGGUAACAGAGCAUGUUACGAUUAGGGUUUCUCAGAUUUUUUUAGCCGCCGUCGUCUCCUCCUGAUCGCUGUCGCGGCUUUUCUACGGUCGCCGUCGCGGUCUUCCUCCGCCGCCAUCGCGACCCUUCGGCUGGUAUCGCGGCCCUCCACCUUCCUCCCGCCCGCCGUCGCGACUGUGGGCUCAUCUUGCGCCGCCGUCGCGGCCCUCCCCGACCGCCAUCGCGGCUGCCGUGCGCCGUGCAACCUCGCAGUCGUCGCGCGUCUACCGUAGCGGCUACCGUCGCGGAUCCCGUCCAGAUCCGCGACCGCCAUCGCGGCUGCCGUGCGUGCAGAUUCGGCCGUUGCCCGUCCGCCGUUGCGGCUGCCGUCGCAGAUCCCGUCCAGAUCCGCGGCCGUCAUCGCGGCUGCCGUGCGCGCAGAUCCGACCGUCGCCCGUCCGUCGUCGCGGUCGGCUUUUCCCCUUCCCUCCUCUGCCGUCGUCGCGGUUUCCUCCAUCCCCGCGGGCGGAUCUAAGCUUCUGUGCCUGCGUCGUCCGCCGUCCGCACCUUUGGCGUCGUCCGCCUGGUGCGCCCUGCUGCCUGCUGCACGCCGCAAGGGCUGCAGAUCUAGAUCUGCGCCGCCGUCUGCUGCGCCCUUCCUCGUCGCCAUCUGCGCCGGUGGCUGCCAUUGCGUGCAGAGUCAUCAGGGCAGCAGCCGCUAUCCAACUCGGCUUCCGCGCCCAGGACCUCCGUCAACUCGUCCAACUCGGGCUGCUGUCAGCUGCGGUUCCUUUGGUUUGUUUGGUUUCCGGUCUCAUGUUCUCCCUGAUUUUCAUUAAAUUCAAUAUGACGACACAUGCUAUUGUGGUCAAUAUCACUCUUGAUGGCCAAAAUUAUCCGGAGUGGGCUUUCUGUGUUGAGACUGCACUCAGGGGACAUGGAUUACUCUUUCAUUUGACUGAUGCAGCACCUGUUCUUGCGGAUGAUCGUCGCAAUGCUGCUGAUAUCAAAACAUGGCAGCUUAAUGAUGGUAAAGUGAUGACUGCUAUGGUGAACAACGUCAAACCGUCUAUGAUUACGAGUUUGUCUAAAUUUAAAACUGCUAAAGUCAUCUUGUCUCAUUUGAAGGUGCGUUUUGUUCAGGACAGUGGUGCUCUAUUACACACUCUCAUGCAGCAGACACAUGUUAUUGAACAAAAUGAUAUGAGUAUUGAUGAGUACUACUCAGCCUUUGAUCGCCUGAUGAGUGCUUUGACAUCUAUGGUGCCUGCUUGUAUUGUUGAUCCGUGUCCGGCUCAUAAGUUUAUUGAGAAGUUCUUCACUUACAAAUUUGUUAUGGGUGUUCGGGCCGAGUUUGAUUCUCUUCGUGCUCGUUUACUUCAGGGUUCUGAACUCUCACAAUGGCUAAGGCGUUGUCUGAUUUACUUGCUGAAGAGACUCGUCUUAAUUAUCUGUCUUCUACUGGCAGUAAUACUCACAAUGUGUUGGCUGCUGCCCAGAAACCUAAGAGUGUUUUUAAGCCUUGUGAUCAUUAUGGCAAGACCAAUCAUCGAUCUGAGCUUUGCUUUGUCAAGUUCCCUGAGAAGUUGACUGAUUUCCGUGCACGACGUGCUGCUCGUGGUCCAGGACCAUCUACUAGAGGCUCAGUUGCUGUUGCUGCCACUUUGUCCGCUUGUACUUCAGAGUCGGCCCGAAUACUUGAUUCAGGAGCCUCCUUUCAUGUCACAUCUGAUCAGUCAAAGUUGGCUUCUACUACACCUGUCACAGAUGGUGCUUCAGUGCAAACAGCUGAUGGGGAAGUGAUUGGGACUAGCCGUCGCCGUAGAGCUGCUCCUCGCCUCUACAUCUUGGACUCUUUGCGGCUUCCUUCCUUGGCUACAUCUCCAGUGGGUAUCAUCUUCGUGACCGUGGCACUAUUGCAGCUCCAGAACGUUAUGGGUUUUCCCGUGCUGGUGCCGUCAUUGCUGAACCAUCAUCUUAUAAAGAGGCUUCUGGUAUACCUGAGUGGCAGCUUGCUAUGACUGAUGAAUUGAAUGCCCUUCAUCGCACAUGUACAUGGGAUGUUGUUCCGUUACCUGUUGGUGCUGUACCUAUCACGUGGGUCUUCAAGGUUAAAACCAAAUCUGAUGGGUCUAUUGAGCGAUAUAAAGCUCGUCUUGUAGCCAGAGGUUUUCAACAGACUCAGGGUCUUGACUAUGAGACUUUUGCACCUGUGGCCCAUCUGACUACUGUCUAAUCUUUACUUGCUGUUGCAGCCUCAUCUUCUUGGACUAUCUCUCAGAUGGAUGUCAAAAAUGCUUUUCUUCAUGACGAUCUACGUGAGGAAGUCUAUUUGCAUCCACCUCCUGGGAUAGAGGUUCCAUCAGGGCAUGUAUGUCGUCUCCGCGAGCCUUGUAUGGUCUUAAACAAACUCCUCGUGCUUGGUUUGAGAGAUUUGUUUAUGUUAUCAAGGCUUGUGGUUUCUAUUCUAGUGAUCAUGAUCCUGCAUUGUUCAUUCAUGUUUCUUCACGAGGACGCACGUUGCUAUUACUAUAUGUUGAUAACAUGUUGAUUACAGGCGAUGAUCCAGACCAUGUUGCUCAUGUGAAGGCAUAUCUGAGUAAGGAAUUUCAAAUGUCUGACUUGGGGGCACUCAGUUAUUUCUUGGGCAUUGAGGUUUUGCAGAUUCAAAAUG